AUGGCAGCGGAGCCGCGGUCCAGCCUGUCCUACCGCACGACGGGCUCCACCUGUCUGCACCCGCUCAGCGAGCUCCUGGGCAUCCCGCUGGACCAGGUGAAUUUUGUGGCCUGCCAGCUCUUUGCGUUGUUUGCUGCUUUCUGGUUCCGCCUCUACUUGAGUCCUGGUAAAACCAGUCCUGAUGUCCGGCAUGCGUUUGCCACCAUUUUUGGCAUCUAUUUUGUCAUCUUUUGUUUUGGCUGGUAUUCUGUGCAUCUUUUUGUGCUGGUGUUAAUGUGCUAUGGAAUCAUGGUCACUGCGAGCAUAUCCAAUAUUCACAGAUACUCCUUUUUUGUAGCGAUGGGCUACCUUACAAUCUGCCACAUCAGUAGAAUCUACAUCUUCCACUACGGAAUUCUCACUACAGAUUUUUCUGGGCCUCUGAUGAUUGUUACUCAGAAGAUCACAACCUUGGCAUUCCAAGUUCAUGACGGAUUAGGUCGAAGGGCUGCAGAUCUUUCCAGCGAGCAACAUCGACUUGCUGUAAAAGCAAAACCCUCCUUUUUGGAAUAUGUGAGCUACCUUCUCAACUUCAUGAGUAUCAUAGCAGGCCCUUGUAACAAUUUCAAGGAUUAUAUAGCCUUCAUUGAGGGGAGACACACACACAUGAAGUUGCUGGAAGUCAACUGGAAGGAAAAAGGCUUCCACAGUCUGCCAGAACCUUCUCCCACUGGAGCCGUGAUGCACAAGCUGUGCAUGACCUUGGUAUCUCUCCUUUUGUUUCUGACGCUGACGAAGACCUUCCCUGUCACCUCCCUGGCUGACGACUGGUUUGUUCAUGAAGCAAACUUUCUGACCCGACUCUGCUAUUUAUACGUUGUCAUGCAAGCCUCCAAGCCCAAGUAUUACUUUGCCUGGACAUUAGCUGAUGCAGUGAAUAAUGCAGCUGGCUUUGGGUUCAGCGGAGUGGAUAAGAAUGGAAAUUUCUCUUGGGAUCUGCUUUCUAACCUAAACAUCUGGAAAAUUGAGACUGCCACAAGUUUCAAAAUGUACGUAGAGAACUGGAAUAUUCAGACAGCUACUUGGCUAAAGCGCGUGUGCUACGAGCGGGUCCCCUGGCACCCCACAGUGCUGACCUUCAUCCUGUCUGCAUUAUGGCACGGUGUCUACCCUGGGUACUACUUCACCUUCUUAACUGGAAUCCUUGUCACUCUAGCAGCCAGAACGGUGAGGAAAAACUGCAGACAUUACUUCCUUUCUUCAAAAGCCCUCAAGGUUGCUUAUGAUAUAGUCACCUGGGCUGCCACUCAGCUGGCCGUCUCUUACACGGUGGCCCCCUUCGUUAUGCUGGCCGUGGAACCCACCAUCAGCUUGUACAAGUCUAUGUACUUUUACUUACACAUCAUCAGUCUCCUGAUCAUUCUAUUCCUGCCAAUCAAAUCACAAGCUCAUAAUCAAAGGCGGCCUCAGACUCUGAACUCUGUUAAUAAGAAAAAAAUGGAUUGA